GUGUCUUCCAUCCGCAUGCAGGGCAUCCUUCUCCUCCUCUUUGCCAGGCAAGCCCACCUGCCCUUCAUCCGGGAUGUGCGGAGCCAGUUUACCCGCACCGGCCUGCACGGCUACUGGGGCAACAAGGGAGGGGUCUCCAUCCGCCUGUCUCUCUACGGCCACUCGGUCUGCUUCCUGAACUGCCACCUGCCGGCCCACCUGGAGAACGCCAAGCAGCGCCUGGACGACUUCGAGCACAUCCUGGAAAUGCAGCACUUCGAAGAGAAGGCGUUCCCCUCGGCCCUGGACCACGAGCUUCUCUUCUGGUUCGGCGAUCUGAACUUCCGGAUCGAGGACUAUGGGCUGCACUUCAUCCGAGAGUCCAUCAGCAGCAGCCGCUUCCACCUUCUCUGGGAGAAGGACCAGUUAAACAUGGCCAGGAAGAAGAUGUUCUUCCUCCAGGAGUUCUCGGAGGGGCCCCUGAAGUUCAAGCCCACCUACAAGUUUGACCUAUACUCGGACCAGUACGACACCAGUGAGAAGAAACGGAAGCCUGCUUGGACCGAUCGGAUCCUCUGGAGAGUAAAAUGCCUUCCCUGCUUCGAGCCGAAGGAGGCCCCCAGGGAGGGGGGGCUGUCCCUGUCCCUGGGCAGCUACACCAGCCACAUGGACUACAACAUCAGCGAUCACAAGCCGGUCACUGGCACCUUUGAGCUGAAGGUGCAGCGCCUGCAGAUGGAGCCCCUGGUUGUGCUCUGCCCGGUGGGCACCUGGAGUGCUGAGCAGGAUGCCACAGUCAGCUACGUCACCGCUCCAGAAUUCACCAGUAGCGCCUGGGACUGGAUUGGGCUCUACAGGGUGGCCUUCCGACAUCUGAACGACUACGUCACCUACGUUUGGGUGCAGGACAACGAAAUCUCCUCCGAGGACGGGGCAAAGCAGGUCUAUCUCGGGGCUGAGGGCCUCCCCAAAGCGGGGGGAGAAUUCCUCCUGGGAUACUACAGCAACACGCUGCGGUCCCUCGUGGGCCUCAGCCAGCCGGUCCAGAUCCAACCGUGCCCGAAGUCAGCCGAGCAGCAGGCGGGCUGGGCUGGGGCCAGCAGUGCAGAACGCCUUCCUUGCGAGAGGCCACCCUGUGACUUCUGAGGUCCCCCCCCCCAUCCGGCACUUCCGUGGUGGGGACCGUAAGGCACUCCGGCUUCGGCCUCUGCAGCGGCCUGGCUCAGCUUGCCGCAGCUCUGAAAAGCUCUGCCUCCCUUUGGUGCAGAAGAGCCGAGACGGAGCCGGUUCCCCAGCAGGACCGCCGGCUUCCUUACGCCCCGGCCGAGACGGCCGCUGCCCCAUUUUCCGAGUGCCUCUUAGGCUCUGUGCGCUUCACUGCAAUGUUAAGGAGACACUGCUGGCACUUAUUUGAAAACUGGGAUUGUAGGAUUUUUAUGAAAUGUAAAUUUUUUAGAACUGAAAUACAUUUUAUCGUAGCUGGAAUGAAAA